CCCAUCCCCUCCUCCCACGCGAGGCCGGUGUGGGGCGUCAGUACGCAUGCGCAGUCGCAGCCAGCGGAGGCUGCUGCGGGGGAGAAGAAAUGGAAGGAGGGGUGGGUGCGCAAGGCAGAUGUUUGAGCCCAAGAGCUGCACCUACACCUACCUGCUGGGUGACAGAGAGUCCCACGAGGCCGUUCUGAUCGACCCGGUUCUGGAGACGGCACCUCGGGAUGCCCAGCUGAUCAAGGAAUUGGGGCUGCGGCUGCUGUAUGCUGUGAAUACCCACUGCCACGCGGACCACAUUACUGGCUCAGGGCUGCUCCGGUCCCUACUCCCCGGCUGCCAGUCUGUCAUCUCCCGCCUUAGUGGGGCCCAGGCUGACUUGCACAUUGAGGAUGGAGACUCCAUCCACUUCGGGCGCUUCGCCUUGGAGACCCGAUCAAGCCCUGGCCACACCCCAGGCUGUGUCACCUUUGUUCUGAAUGACCACAGCAUGGCCUUCACAGGAGAUGCCCUGCUCAUCCGAGGGUGUGGACGGACGGAUUUCCAGCAAGGCUGUGCUAAGACCUUGUACCACUCAGUCCACGAAAAGAUCUUCACGCUUCCAGGAGACUGUCUGAUCUACCCUGCUCAUGAUUACCGUGGGCUCACAGUGUCCACCGUGGAGGAGGAGCGGACUUUGAACCCGCGGCUCACCCUCAGCUGUGAGGAGUUUGUCAAGGUCAUGGACAACCUGAACUUGCCCAAGCCUCAGCAGAUAGACUUUGCUGUUCCAGCUAACAUGCACUGUGGGAUCCAGACCCCCCCUACCUGACCUUGUUUUGUCAGGUGCUCAUUUCCGUUAAGAAUGCACUAGGCGGGGUACAGAGAGAGGUGCCAUCGCCAGGCCUCUCUCCUUCCCCUCCCUCACCAGCCCCUGAGCUUCUCAAAUAAAU